UAGCAAUAACCCAAAAAAUAAACAAUACUUAAACAUUGUCUUAACGAAGUUCAUAGAUAUCAUCAACUGCGCAAUUAACUUGCAUGGUAUCACGUACGGCGAUUGAAUUGGGAGAAGUGGACUGUACCUUUAGUUAAUAAUACGGAAUAUGGCGUCACUGCAAUCCAAAGAAUUGCGCAAUCGCCAAGACCGGGGUCAUCAAUAAUCGGUCUAAGUCGGAUCGGAAAAUUUUGAAUUACUGUUCAAUUAAUGGGGCAUUUCGAAUGAGAUUGAUCUACAGAUUUCAUCCAAGUCCAGGUAAAUCAGAUCCUACCGGUUGUCAUCUAACUGCUGUGUCAUCGCGUACUAGAUCCUGUCCUCGCACAAGCGUCAAUCAGACGAGACAGUGCCCGAUAUCCUUGAACAUCAUCCCUUCCAACGCGAGAAAGCUUUCUGCUAGGCAUUCAAUUUCACGCACUAGUUAACAAUGGCAAAUUCUCCUCAUGGCGGGAUCCUGAAAGAUCUCAUUGCGCGAGACGCACCACGUCGCGAGGAAUUGUACCGGGAAGCUGAGACUCUGCCAGCUAUUACGUUGACAGAGCGGCAAUUAUGUGACCUCGAGCUGAUCCUCAACGGAGGGUUCUCUCCUCUAGAGGGUUUCAUGUCCGAAAAAGACUACAAUGGUGUUGUGGAAAACCUUCGAUUGACGGACGGCAAUCUUUUCAGCAUGCCAAUUACUCUGGAUCUUACCCAGAAGACCAUUGAAGACCUGGGCAUCAAGUCAGGGGCUAGAUUAGCUCUACGGGACUUCCGUGAUGACCGCAAUUUGGCCAUCAUCACUGUCGAAGACGUCUACAAGCCUGACAAGGACCGAGAGGCCAAGCUGGUGUUUGGCGGUGAUCCGGAGCACCCUGCGAUCAAGUAUCUUCUCAACAGCGCAGAAGAAUACUAUGUUGGAGGCAAGAUUGAUGCUAUUGACCGCCUCAUGCAUUACGACUAUGUAGAUCUCCGCUACAGCCCAGCAGAACUCCGUCUUCACUUCGACAAGCUCGGAUGGGGACGUGUGGUUGCCUUCCAGACCCGAAACCCGAUGCAUCGCGCUCAUCGAGAGCUCACCGUUCGGGCUGCCCGAGCUCGACAGGCCAAUGUGCUGAUUCAUCCCGUCGUGGGGUUGACCAAGCCCGGUGACAUUGACCAUUUUACGCGGGUGCGCGUUUACCAGGCUCUUCUGCCUCGGUAUCCCAAUGGAAUGGCCGUCCUCGGUCUUCUCCCGCUUGCUAUGCGUAUGGGAGGGCCGCGGGAAGCCAUCUGGCACGCCAUUAUCCGGAAGAAUCAUGGAGCUACACAUUUUAUCGUUGGUCGCGACCAUGCGGGACCGGGGAAAAACAGCAAGGGCGUCGAUUUCUACGGCCCCUAUGACGCUCAAGAAGCCGUGGAGAAAUACCGCGAUGAACUCGGAAUUGAGGUUGUACCGUUCCAGCAGAUGACAUAUCUGCCGGACAGCGACGAGUACAAGCCGCGGGAUGAGGUCGAGGCGGGCGUCCGCACCUUGGAUAUUAGUGGAACUGAACUCCGUCGUCGACUCCGUACCGGUGUAGAUAUUCCGGACUGGUUCUCAUACCCAGAAGUCGUCAAGGUGCUUCGAGAAUCCCAUCCACCCCGCGCGAAGCAGGGUUUCUGUGUCUUCCUGACCGGCUUCCAAAACAGCGGCAAAGAUGCCAUUGCUCGCGCACUGAACGUCACCCUAAACCAACAAGGCGGUCGGGCUGUCAGUCUUCUCCUAGGAGAAACCGUCCGACACGAACUGAGCUCAGAACUGGGAUACACUAGAGAAGAUCGCGACAAGAACAUCGGUCGUAUCGCCUUUGUCGCUUCCGAGCUCACAAAAUCCGGUUCCGCGGUCAUUGCCGCUCCAAUCGCUCCAUUCGAAACGGCCAGGAAACAGGCACGAGAGCUGGUUGAGAAGCACGGCUCUUUCUACCUGGUUCAUGUGGCAACGAGCUUGGAGUUCUGCGAGAAGACUGACAAGCGAGGCAUUUAUGAGAAGGCAAGGAGAGGGGAGAUCAAGGGGUUCACUGGCGUUGACGAUCCGUACGAGGUUCCUACGAAAGCGGAUUUGGUGGUCGAUGCCGAAAAGACGAACGUCAGGACUAUUGUUCAUCAGAUUGUGCUCUUGUUGGAAGCCGAAGGAUUGCUUGACCAGUUCUAGGGGGACGAAGAACUGGCGGAUGAUGGAAAGUGAUGUGGGAAAUAUACUAGGUUCUAUGUGACGUCGAAAGUUAUGGCGAGCUGUCAUUAUCGCUUGUUGGCGACUUGAUAUA